CAUGGUGGUGUCAACAACAUUCCGACGAUCGACUCAACCAAGAACGGAACGGCAGCCAUCGGUGAAGUGCCACCCGAAGAGCCGGCACAUCAUAUGGAGGUGGAGGAGGAAAAGGAGCCGAAAGAACCAACGUUGGCAGAGCGAGUCUCAACGCUACGUGAGAACAGCAUCGGUUUUGAUGUGAUCUUCCAUGUUGGACCAUCGAAUAAUCCUAAGAUUGUACAAGCACAUCGUGCCAUAUUGGCUGCAGGCUCAAAGGUGCUCUCGAACACGUUCUUCAACUCGGAUGUGUCUACUCCACCGAGCAAGAAACCGAAACCCGGAAGCGCCAACAAUUCUGGUAAGUUAGUGCUGGAAUAUCCGGACGUGAAUCCGGUGGCAUUCGAUACGGUCAUUGACUAUCUCUACUCGGAUUUCGAACCGAAAGCGAUCAACAUCAACGAAUCGGCUGUGCUCGACACACUUUAUGCAGGCUAG